GACAGAUCUUCCCUGGAGAAACGCAGCCUCACCUGGUUUCACCGCCGGGGGAGUUCUUUCUCCCUGGGACCCAGAAGUAGUUAAUGUUGGCGUUGUUUCUGGGAGUCCUGGGUGGUUUGCAGAAAGAGGGGAUAUGUGGUACACAUCCUUCCCUCCAGAGACUUGCCUUUCACGCAAACCAUUAACGCCAUGAAGUCCAAUCCGGCCAUCCAAGCUGCGAUUGACCUCACAGCAGGGGCUGCAGGGGGCACAGCAUGUGUACUGACCGGGCAGCCCUUCGACACGAUGAAGGUGAAGAUGCAGACGUUUCCAGACCUCUACCGGGGCCUCACUGACUGCUGCCUGAAGACCUACUCCCAGGUGGGCUUCCGUGGCUUCUACAAGGGUACCAGCCCCGCACUGAUUGCCAACAUAGCAGAGAACUCGGUGCUCUUCAUGUGUUACGGCUUCUGCCAGCAGGUGGUCCGCAAAGUGGUCGGAUUGGACCGGCAGGCAAAACUGAGUGACCUCCAAAACGCAGCUGCUGGCUCCUUUGCCUCUGCCUUUGCCGCGCUGGUCCUCUGCCCCACAGAGCUUGUGAAGUGCCGGCUCCAGACCAUGUAUGAAAUGGAGACCUCGGGAAAGAUAGCGGCCAGCCAGAAUACAGUUUGGUCGGUUGUGAAGGAAAUCUUCAGGAAGGACGGCCCCUUAGGCUUCUACCAUGGACUCUCAAGCACUUUACUUCGAGAAGUACCUGGCUACUUCUUCUUCUUCGGUGGCUAUGAACUGAGCAGAUCAUUUUUCGCAUCAGGGAGAUCAAAGGAUGAACUCGGUCCUGUCCCGCUGAUGCUAAGUGGUGGGUUUGGUGGGAUUUGCCUGUGGCUUGCUGUGUAUCCGGUGGAUUGUAUCAAAUCUAGAAUUCAAGUUCUUUCUAUGACUGGAAAGCAGACAGGACUCAUCAGAACCUUCCUGAGUAUCGUAAAGAAUGAAGGAAUAACAGCCCUGUAUUCUGGACUGAAACCCACCAUGAUCCGCGCAUUCCCUGCCAAUGGGGCACUGUUUUUGGCCUAUGAGUACAGCAGGAAGUUGAUGAUGAACCAGUGGGAAGCAUACUGAAGUGUCCUGGUGCACCUGGAUCCACGGCAGGUGUUUAGUGACUGGUUAACUCAGGGGUUCAUGGAGUAUAAGAACAAUGUGGAAUUAUGUGAUUCGUUCAGACUUUGUCCUUGUUGUCCCUUCUUCUGUUCAAAGUCUUGGAUUUUGUGGACGGUCCUCCAUUCUACACAGUAUAAUUUCUGCCUAUUAUUGAACCAAAACAGGAAAGUCAUUGUUCUUGUCCUUGGUGAGUGUGCAGGGGAGCUGGUGGCCUUAUGUACAGAGAUGCUGGUGGCCUCACGCACUGGUCUUGUGCAGACCGUGUUCCUCUCAGGACAACUUCCGUGGAAGUCAGCGGUACACAUGCAAUUUAGAUGGUCCUGUCACCACAGGAAAACAAAACUUUGUUCUGUGUUUAAUUAUAAAUGGUGACCAAUUUUUAUGUAGGUGAUUGUAAAUGAUUGCUUAGCACAUCCUAGAGAGAGGGCUGCUGCUAAAAGCCGCUGAGCCUGUGUACUGUGCACUAAGAGGUUAGAGUCUGUAACUUUUUGUGGUAUAUUAAAGCUAAAACAUCCCUCUAUAUUUUUAGAUAAACGCAUACGCGUAGUUGUGUGGCUUCUGCAUCCCGGAUGAAGUUUCAGGAUGUGGACAUACUGGAUUUUUCUCAUGACCCUCAUUCCCUCACAGUGCUGUUCAUUUUCUAGGUGGGCUUCUCAUUCUGCACUCUGGUACUAGGAGGUGUGGCCAGAGUGUUAGACCUCUGGGAGGCAGCAGAGGACUCACCAGCUCCCUUCUCACCCAGAGCGUCCUCCUCCCUCUGUGCUACACCUGAAAGACAGGGACUGCCCUGCUAUGCUCUCAUGGAAACCCACAGAGGUUCUUACCUGGUCUCAGCAGGCAUCCAGGGUGCUCUUCUGGUACUGGAUUUGAGGCCACUCUGACCCACUGUCUCUCUGUCUUCACCAAUCAGAAGCCCUUUCAGGAAGCAGAGAGGAAGUCUGGGCUCCCAGCUUUGAUCACAGGGUUCUACUAAUGGAGAAAUCCAAGGAGCUCCUUAAUUAGGCGCCCUUCCUGAAGUUCACUUUCGGGUCCAUAACUCCUUGAUUUGCUUCUAUAUUUGGAGCAGGCAGUGUAUGAAUUUCAAUGACUGUAGAUGACAUGUAACUUUGGAAAGCAUUGUGACAUAAUAAAAAUAUUUUUAUUAAACUAGGUAGUAUGUAUGUAGCAACCAAAAAA